GCGUGCCGAGUAGUCGUUCAGUUCAAGUGAAAUUAUUGUUAAUUUUAACGAUUUUCACCAGUUUUUGUGAAAUAUAGUUGGAAAUAUUCAAUUCAGUCAUUAUGAUGGGCAUGCGUACCAAUAUAUUCAACGAAAACUUUCUGAAUGAAACUGACCAGGAUGCAAACUCGGUGUUGAUAGAGCUGGACAAAGGUCUGAGAUCUACAAAAACAGGAGAACAAUGCGAGGCGAUCAUAAGAUUCCCGAAGCUGUUUGAAAAGUAUCCGUUUCCAAUUCUGAUCAAUUCCUCCUUCCUCAAACUGGCGGAAUUUUUUCGUAUUGGUUCCAACUUGUCCCGACUAUGGGUGCUACGAGUGUGCCAACAAAGCGAAAAACACUUGGAAAAAAUUUUGAACGUCGAUGAAUUUGUUAAGCGCAUUUUCAUGGUUAUUCAUUCCAACGACCCCGUGGCCCGAGCUCUCACAUUGAGAACCUUAGGUGCUGUGGCAUGCGUCAUUCCUGAGAAGCAGCAGGUUCAUCACGCGAUUCGUAACGCUUUAGACAGCCAUGAUACAGUGGAAGUUGAAGCAGCAAUUUAUGCAAGCGUCCAAUUCGCUGCACAAUCGAAAUCCUUCGCUAUAGGGAUGUGCUCGAAGGUGGCAUCUAUGAUUGAAUCCUUGCAAACACCUGUUAGUAUGAAAAUAUUACUCAUCCCGGUGCUGCGCCAUAUGUAUCAUGAUGCCAAUACUGCUGCUCUAGUGCGAACACUAUGUCUCAAUUUACUACCAAAAUAUCCUUCGGAACAGUUUGUUAUAGCUAUCAUACAAUCCUUAUCACAUCUCUCAUACGUUACAUCCGUGGACAUACCGGAUCAAGUGGAUUUGCUGCUUGUGUAUUUGAAGGAUCCCCGAAAAAAGGUUCAACUAGCUGUGUUACAAUCAUUAAACAAGCUGGCUGGAAAAGGUGCUUAUUUGUGGCCCAAAAGUGCAAUCAAUAAACUCCUCACGUUAACUAUGCAAUGCAGCUACACUAACAUGGCAUUAGAUGUGGUGAUUACACUUACCGGUUGCCCUACAACGUGCCAUACCAUGCUAAAUGAGGAGAGGAAUCAGAUAUUGGAUAUGUGUAAAAGUUGUCUGUUGCUGGAACACAAUGUCGGAGGAAAAGCCCUAACUAUUCUUACUAAAUUGGUUUCCUAUUGUUGUACCGAAAACAUCGCUCCACCGACGUGUUUUGUAGAGCACCUGAACAUGAACCUAGAAUAUUUAAUCCACUCUGCAUUGCAUAAUAAAGCACCGUUGAAGGAUUUUCGAAUUUACCUGAGAUGCGGUAUUCAGCUGUCCCGAGUGAAUCAGGUUUUCGGAGAGAAUUUUGCUGAAACAGUAGCGGAACUGUUGGUAGAAGACUCAGCUCACUCGGCUCCGCAUAUUAAGCUUAUUUGUGAAGCAUUGGGUGCAAUUUGCUCUAGUUUUACUACGAAUUACGAAGCUAAUCAGACCCAAAACGCACACGAAUCGAAGCAUCCUUUUCAAGCAAUAUUGCUACCUAUUUUGAAAAAGUUGGAAUCGUACACUGAGCUUCCGACACUUGACCGUAGCGAAACAACUGUCGUCGAAUUGCUAGCAUCGAUUUGUCUUCAAGCGGUACUUGGAUCGUUUAUGCCUCACAGAUUAAUGAAAGCAUUCAACAAUUUGUUGGCAAUAUGCAACUAUUGGACACAGUACCGGAUUGCUCGUUCUGCGUCAAGAUACGGACAACACUUCCUCGCCGCUAUAAUCUAUCAGAAAUUAUCCAAGCAUGUGUCACACGAAAAACUUCAUUUUUAUCUAAUCGCAAUGAGCCAAAUUUCCAAGGCCGAAUGUGUUUUGAAUUAUGGCUUGACGUAUGAGCAAUUGAUGCAAACUUUCCCCGAUUCUGUUCAAUUCGAUGCUCCUCAACUUUCGUUGUUAGACCGUUUGGACAGGGCAAUUAAUUUAUACUGCAUGGCUUUGUCAACACUCAAGGCUACUUCCUCUCCUCAGCAUCCGAUGACAUUCCAGUCGGAAGUCGUUAAUCUACGGUGUCAGUUUCUGCAAAUGUUACACAGUAUUGUGGUGUCAAGGAACACUUUAUGCAUUACCCCACCAUCGGCUAUAUCUAACACUUUGGCGCAGAAUCUACGGGAUCCCCUACAAAAAUUUGGACAUGUGACGAACCAUUUGCGAAAGGAUAUCAAGAUUCUUAAGUCGUGCGAAGAAGCCUACGCUAAGCUAUAUAAAAGUUCCUUUGACGCCGAUCCGUGUACUCUGGAAUAUUUGAAUACCGUUCAGUAUUUAUGCUCCAUUCUACAAUCAUCUAUCGAAAUUAUAUCCUUCACAACCCCUACCGAAACAUUCAAGCAUGCUCCAAACUGCACCUACCCGGAAACGAAGUAUUUGCUCUACAUUUGUCAAACAGUUUCCAAGCAGCUGCAAACACUGCCAAACGAAAUUGGUUCCACGAAAUCAAUCACGAACAAGCACAUGGACGUUUUGCUCAAGCAGGUUGAAAUUGUGGUUAAAUCGUCAUUAUGCGUGCCAAGAUUCUUUUUCCAAGUUCUGCAAAACACUUCUGUGAAACUUGCAUUGACGCCUCAGCCUCGAAUUUCUGGGGAGCCCAUAUUUGUUCAACCCAACAGCAAUUUAGUUGUCAAAGUGGAAGGUGUAAUUCAACACUACGGGAAGAAACCAUCACUGUUUCGGUCGAUUGAAUCCAUCCAAUUGACAUUGUCAUCACAGCUUAUGACCGCUAGAUUGAACGACAUAAAGGUCAGUUCAGAUAACGUAGUUUUGACCCAAGUAGUGAAGCCGCAUCGCGAUUUUCUUAGCGGAAAUUUUCUGCUAUCGCUUCAAAACACCAUCCAACCCUAUCCAGGCUCAUCUGUAUCGGUCGGUGGUCAAUGGCAAGUUACGCUAGAGGCUUGUGUCAUCGAUCAAAAUGGUAUUAUUUGGGCUACAGGACCUAAGAGUAUGCUCCAUGUACGUAUUCCGGAGGAUAAUCUCAAACAAAGUAUCAACAUACAAUCGUCUACACGUCGUUUCUAAACGGAUGAUCUGAAGAAAACUGUUGGGCGCAACACCAGUGGGCUUACCGGUUGCCCCUGGAGAAAAGUGCGAUCGAGAGAGUGACGGACCGAUUUGACUCAUACAGAUAGGGAAAAAUAAAAAUUUGGACUGUCAGUGAUCGAGAUCAAGUUCAUCAUCAAAUUGCGGUCAGUUCAAUUCGAAGGUUUAAUUAAAAUUAUCACAGUUAUUUGAAAUUCCUAGUUCUAAAUUUGUUAUUCUAGUGAAAAUGUAAGUAGGGGUAAGAGGGGCAUAGUGAACAGGUGGGGCAUAAUGAGCAUCCCGCCAUAUAGUCAUAAACCUCUAAUUAUUCGAAACAAAUUAAUUUGUAGUAGUUGGUUCAAUAUCACCAUU